CGUCGCCAUGAGCGUCGUGAACGCUGCUUCCGUCGCAGUCGCGUUAUCGAUUGCAGCCUGCGUUACUGGCAUCAUUGUCAAUGACGUACACAUGGUCCAGAUACUACAGCACCACAGCCCAUUGUUUUGCUGGAUCUUUGCGAUCGUCUAUCUCGUAGAACUGGUCGCGAUACGAUCAAGACGUCGACUAUCAAUCCAAUCCUACACAAUGACUGGUCGCGCACCGCCUCUAGUACCGCCCAUUCGGCAAGGGCUGAUUUGCACAAUCGCGUCCAUCUUCUGUUUCCACAUCGUUUUUGUGUUGAUGGGCGCGCCCGUUGUCUUCAACAUGACCAAGACGGCUGCAUUGGCUGCCAUGCUGGCUGCGCUAGCCGUUGGGCCAACAGCUCUGAAUUUCGGCUUUGCCCAACCGCCGCACUCAGCUGCGACAACGUCCACCCCCACAAACGUCCUCGACGCACUAAUAUACACGUUCUUCAAUGACUCUCCAGAUAUCACCGAUGCCAAGCUCAGCUUCUGGUCUGCAUGCAUCGGUGCUUGGCUCGGUGCCAUCCCAAUACCGCUCGACUGGGACGCCUGGUGGCAGGAAUGGCCAAUAUCAGUGUGUUUGGCAAUGCCAGCGACAGUGAUACUCGCGUGGGUCGCUCGCGCGACGGUCAUUCGACCAAAGCUUGACUGAUAGUUUUCAGGGCGUCCAAGCUCUGACUCGACACCAAAACUGCCCUACUGAUCUUUCAGAUCUGCAGCCCUGGCGCAGCCGGC